CGGCUACGGAAGCCGACGAGGGCUUAGCGGAACUUCAGCUAGCGGCGGAGAGGGACUCGGACCCAAUGGCGACCUCAGAAGCCAGCGGCAGCGGCGGAAAUGGCGAGGGCCGCGACCAGUCCGUCACCUACUACCGGCUGGAGGAGGUGGCGAAGCGAAACUCCGCGGAAGAGACGUGGAUGGUGAUCCACGGGCGAGUCUACAAUAUCACCCCCUUCCUCAGCGAGCAUCCUGGUGGGGAAGAGGUUCUGCUGGAACAAGCUGGUGCUGAUGCAACCGAAAGCUUUGAAGAUGUCGGCCACUCCCCUGAUGCCAGGGAAAUGCUAAAGCAGUACUACAUUGGUGAUGUCCAUCCGAAUGACCUUAAACCUAAAGAUAGUAAGAAGGAUCCUUCAGGAAGCAGUACAUGCAAAAGUUGCUGGGGGUAUUGGAUUGUUCCCAUCGUGGGCGCUAUUCUUAUAGGUUUCCUGUAUCGUCACUUCACGACCGACAGCAAAUCCUCCUGAGGACCAUGUUGAGGUGUGGGAGAAUAUUCCCCUGGGAGUGAGAAGUAGAGACUUGCUUGGGGGCUGCAGCGGUGCUCCCUCCUUGAGUCCUGCCAGUUUGUUUCUUUCCCCUUGGAGCCAAGAUGGUUGACCAGAUAUCUAUCUUCCUUCAGUGUAGGACCAGAGUCCUUCAUCAGCCAGAGACGCCUGAAGCACCUGCUCACAUUGUGUCCUUGCGAGAGUCUCUUCUCACUCAUUCAAGAGUUUAUGCCAAUGAUUUAGAGUCCCUAUGUUGUAGUGACAUGGCCUUUCUGGGACAAUACAUGAUUUCUGAUACUUGGAAUUCACAUUAGACAUAUUUAAGGCAAUAGCAGUCUAGUUUUUAAUCUUUUCCCAUUUUUCUUUUAAGUAAAUUUUUUUGGUUCUGAUUUAAUUUGGUCAUUUAUCAUAAGGUAUUUAAUUCAUGAUGUUAAAAUGUGUAUCUCUUAUUUAAAACACAGCUACCAAAUGCUUUGUGAUUUAUUAAAAGUAAGGGGCCAGCAAGAUGGCUCAUUGGGUAAAAGCAGUUGCCACAAAGCCUGGCGACCAGAGUUUGAUUUCCUGGACCCACAUGGUAGAAGGAGAGAACCAACUGCCAAUACCUGUCCUCUGACCUCCACAUGUGUGCUUUGGCCCUUGUGUAAAAAUACACACACACACACACACACACACACACACAC